AUGUAUAUAUGUCAUUGGUAUCUUUUUCUUUUGUCUUUCAUUUGUAUUUAUGCUAAUAUCAAUAGUAAUAAUAUUCAUUAUCCAGCUAUAUUUAUUCCUGGCAAUGGUGGAUCACAAAUUUGGGCACGAUUAAAUCGUACAACUCCUACACCACAUUUUUUUUGUGCUCGUCAUUCAGAUUGGUUUGAAUUAUGGUUCAAUGUUCGUCUACUAUUACCUGAAGUUAUCGAUUGUUUUAUUGAUAAUAUGCGUUUAACAUAUAAUUCAACAACAAAAAAAACAUCAAAUUUAGAAGGUAUAGACAUACAAAUACCAGGUUUUGGUGAAACAUCAACUAUUGAAUAUUUUGAUUCUUCAAGUUAUUCUUAUUCAUCUUAUUUUGCACCUAUGAUAAGAAGUCUUGUUACACUUGGUUAUACACGUGGUAUUAAUCUACGUGGAGCACCAUAUGAUUUUCGACGUGGUCUUGAUGAACAAGAUGAUUAUUUAAAUAAUUUAACACAACUUGUAAUAGAUACUUAUGAAAAAAAUAAUCAAACUAAAAUUAUAUUUAUAACACAUAGUAUGGGAGGUCCAUUUGCAUUAUAUUGGCUUCAUCAACAAACAAAUAGUUUUAAAGAAAAAUAUAUUCAUUCAAUGAUCAAUAUUGCAGCACCAUGGGGUGGUGCUAUAAAAGCUCUUCGUUUGAUGGCUAGUGGUGAUAAUAUUGAUGUUUAUGUCGUUUCACCAAUUCGUGUUCGUCCUUAUCAACGUUCGGCACCAUCAACUGCAUUUGUUAUGCCAAGUGUUAAUUUUUGGACAAAAGAUGAAAUAGUUAUUGUUGCACCAACACGUAAUUAUACAGUUUAUCAAUAUAAAGAAUUUUUUGAUGAUAUAGAAUAUCCAAUUGGAUAUGAAUAUUGGCUUAAUAAUAAAAAUUUAUUAGAAGAAUUAAAACCACCUAAUAUUGAAUUACAUGAAAUAUAUAGUUCACAAAUGCCUACACCCGGUGUACUUUUAUAUAAUAAUCAUUCAUUUCCAGAUUUACAACCAGCUAUUUUACCUGAUGAUGGUGAUGGAACAGUAAAUUUAAGAAGUUUACUUGGAUUUAAAAAUUGGAAAAAUAAACAAAAACAAGAUAUUCAUACAUUAGAAUUACCUGGUGUUGAACAUCUAGCUAUUUUAAGACAUCCAAUGACAAUUAAUUAUGUUGUACAAGUACUUACAGGUCAAUUUGAUAAAAAAUAG